AGAUGUGGCAGUGACUGCCAGGCAGUCGCAGUGAAGCUGCUACGCGCGUCGGUCAUGUCCGCGAACGUCGCGUCUCGCCGGUUCCCGCGAACACGUGUGCUUUUUCGAAGCUCACUCUCGUCGGAGUGACCCCUCUCGGCUUGGUCACAGCCCCAAGCUCUUUGCUGAAAGUUGUCGGAUGGUAGUUUCCCAGUUCUUUUCGUAGCAUGCAGCCUCGUACCAGGGUAGAUUUUGUGGUAAUUUGAAAUUCUGCCCGCACUCGAGCUAACUGAGCGUAACUGUGACCAUAGUUUAAUCUAGAUAAUUCGAUUUUUUCAAUCGGUGUUGCUUCACCUGUAUAGUUAAAACUACAUGUGUGUAUCAUAUCCAAUACACCAUAUUCCGAAAUAUUUGAAACUGAAGUUUUAAUAAUUGAAAAAUUGAAAUGAAAUUUACGCCAUUGAGUAUGUUAUCUUUGCCGUUGGAGAAUCUAGGAAACGUAGGAUGUGUUUUUCCGAUGCCUAAUUUUUUUUCUAAAUCCUUCACCGUUUUUUCAGUGUAAAAUCAUCUCUUGAAUGUCAAGUUAAAUCAUCAUACUUUCGGUCCAUGAAGUGCUGUGUGUGAUCAACCUUUCCGAAUCAAAUUGAGUUUCUAAUCCCUAUCUUAUUUUUAUUUAUAUUUAUUUUUUUCCGCAUCUCGUAGCAAUGUAAAUAUUCUGGAGUAUGUAAACGGAGUGCUUGUCGUGCUACUGGACAAAUACUUAGAACAACAUUAUCUCUCAUUCCCCUGUAAAUUGCUACUAUUACUCUCAGCUGUAUCUUUGAUAAGUGCGGUUCAGUGUCUGUUGUCUGGAGUCUGAACCAACCCUCACUGUGCAAUUACUGCGAACCAGCCCAUUGAAACAGCAAUGAGACUGUGUGGAUGUACUGUCGCAUUACGUUCGUAGACCUGAACCGGGAAUCGAUAUGUUGAACCUCGACGUGUGUGCCACACGUGAGCGGUGAUUUGGAUACGUGGUACCACCUUAUAACACGCCGCCGUGUUCGCGGAUUCGGGUGUUUCGUUCUAAUUACCGUCCUCUUUUAAGACGUCAGGUGGGUAUUUGCAGUGACAGUGCGAUGUUCGGAAGUGGCCACGGGAAUCCGAGUGCGAAUUGUUCGGAUCGUCUCGUUGUCUGAGAAGAGAUCGACAUGAAGAAUUUCCAAUUGCUCUUCCCCCUGUACCUAUGGACCACGCUUGCGUACCUCGUGCCGCACGGAUCUGCUAUUCCAGGCGGCCCGAAAUCGACGAGCCUUCGUCACCGUCAGCACGGGGGUAGUUCCGGCGGUGGAGGGGCGGCGAGCGGGAACUCGGGCGGGAACGAGGCGGCGAUCAACGAGUACACGGUGCAGCAGCACGAGGAGGCGCGACUCCUGUGCGACCUGGUCGGCAACGACUCCAUCCAGUGGCUCCACGACGGCGUCCCAAUCGGCGCCGCCCACAACCGCUACUCCCGCGAGCCGCGCCUCAACAUGCUCACCAUCAGCAACGUCCACCUCGAGGACAACGGCGUCUGGCAGUGCCAGGACUCGGACGGGCUCAAGGGCAAGCCGGCCACCCUCAUCGUCCUUGAUCCACCUCGGGCGCCAUACCUGCAGAUCGACGGGCGGCGUCUGGACCCGGGGAACCUGUUCAUCCCGGUGAAGGAGAACAUGGAGCUGUCGGUGGAGUGCGUGAUCGAGGGCGGGAGUCCGGCCCCGCGGCUGGACUGGCUCCUCCAGCCGAGCCCGCAGGCGAGCAGCCAGGACGCCCAGGCGCCCCCGCCGGCCCCGCUCGCCCUCCAGACCUCCAACACGAGCGCCUACUCCGGCUCCGGCCUCGCCCGCCGCGCCAAGAUCGCCAAGGUCCAACGCGCCCACCACAACGCCACCGUUGCCUGCAUCGCCUACCACGAGACCUUCCCCACACCCCUCAACGCCUCCCUCCUCCUAGAUGUACAAUAUACUCCUUCUUUUGGAAUUAGUAGAAUACCAGGGUUCGGAACCCCUCUCACUGUGGGUAUCCCUGUUUCAUUAAAAUGUGAUGUAGACUCUAAUCCGCCAUCUACGCCUGUUUGGCAGAAAGAUAACGAGCCGCCGCCGGUGGAGCAGUCUGGCGACGGAUUCCUCAAUUUCACGAGCAUAAGGCGAGACCACGUCGGAUGGUACAAGUGCACAGCCCGGCAUUUGUUCUCCGAGUACUCAUCCAUAGGCUAUUAUCUCAACAUCGUUUACGACUCUCCGGAGCUGGAGAUGCCGGCGGACGAGAUCUCCUCGCCGGUCGGCGGGUCGGGGGUGGUGACGGUGCCCGGCGCAGGGGCGGGGGCGGGCGUCGGCGUCGGGGAGGUGGAGGUGACGCUGGGCGGGGCGCUCCAGCUGGAGUGUCCGGCCGGGGUCUCCGGGUGCUGGAGCCGGCUGGGCAGUAGGGGUCACUUGGAGCCGGUCGGGCCUGGACCGGGGCUCACCAUCGACAGGAUCCUCUACCAGGAGGCCGGCGAGUACCGCUGUCUCCCCGCCAAGAUCGCGGCCCUCGACAAGCUGAGAACUCACAGUUUUCACGUUAAAGUAGUCGGAGGCCCAGUAGUGUACCCUUCAAAUUCGUCGAUCGUGACGGCGUCGGGGAAGCACAUACGAAUCGUGGCGGAAUUUUGUGCCAAUCCGGCCCCCACCCGGGUCAUAUGGGUCACCGAGACCUCCGUCCUUCGCCCAGGUCAACGCCGUGAACGCCUCAUCGCCCACGAUCUCACCGCGGGGAGUUCGCGGGAUUGCCGGCAGGCAGCGCUGAGCAUCAACCCGGUGCGGCCGACGGACGUGGGCGAAUACUCGCUCAUCGUUCGCUCGCCGAAAGGCGUAGCCGAGGGCUCCGUCCUGGUCAACGUCACCGGUGUCGUCGGCCACGUUUCGUCCUCCGGUGUCUCACCAAUCAUCGUCCAUCCAACGUCAAUUUGUAUUGUUAUGUACCUUGUCGCACUAGUCUUAAGUUAGUAAGGCAGGAUUUUUUUUUAUUAAACAUGUAUGUAUCUUCGUCUCGACAGGAGCCGAAUCACUCGGGUGAUGGAAAAGAGUGAGCUCAAGCUUCAAAUAAAGGGUAAUUGAGGGGCUUUGAAGACAUGGCGCAUAAGUGCAAUUUUUUGCUAUUUCGAGGAAUACGUGUUUCAAGUUUCGAAAUUACAU